UUGCACAAACAAACACUCGAAAACACUUUUUCUUGAACUUUCUUUCUUCUAUAAAUUCUUACUCCUUAACCAUUUCAAAGCCCCCUCUUCUCUCCUCCUUCUCCUCCUCUCUCUCUCUCGAAGAUAUCGUCUUCUACUUUCUUCCUUUCUUCUUCUUCUGUUUUCUUCAAAGAUUCAUCGUUAAAGAUCUCAUCUUCUGCUAGAAAUAAUUAGAAAAAAAAAAAGAAGGAAAAAAACCAUUGAUGCUUAAUCAGCAGUUGUUGGUGUUUGAGACACAUGUCUCCGAUUAUACUCAGUGAGAUCUUUCUCUCUGGGUUUAUGUUAAAUUCCACAAUCAGGCGCAGGACCCAUCUUGUUCAAUCUUUCUCUGUUGUCUUCCUUUACUGGCUUUACUACGUCUCAUGAUUCCCUGAAAACUCAUAAUUAAUAUUUUAGAAUCUAUACGCAUAACUUAAACACACAAAAACCCUUGUUUCCAUCUAAUCUUUCUUCUUCGUUUUUCGUCCUCUGGGUCCUGUCCUGUCCUGCUCUGUUCUGUUCUGUUUUUGGUUUCCCUAAAAAAAAACCCAUUUUUAAUAUCUGAUCUCUCUUCUCGCAAGAUAUAAGGCUUCUUUGUUUUGUUUUGUUUUCUGUGUGUGUGUUACUUGAUGGAAUCGUCGUCGUCAGGAACAACUUCGUCGACGAUUCAAUCGUCAUCAGGGUCAGAGGAGAGUCUCAUGGAGCAGAGGAAACGUAAGCGGAUGCUCUCAAACCGUGAAUCUGCUAGGAGAUCUAGGAUGAAGAAACAGAAGCUCCUCGACGAUCUGACGGCUCAGGUUAACCAUCUGAAAAAAGAGAACAGCGACAUCGUGACAAGUGUCAGCAUCACAACGCAGCACUACCUGACCGUUGAAGCAGAGAACUCUGUUCUCAGAGCUCAGCUCGAUGAGCUUAACCACAGGCUCCAAUCUCUCAACGACAUCAUCGAGUUCCUCGACAGCAGCAACAACAACGGCAUGUGUUCAAACCCUCUGGUUGGUUUGGAGUGUGAUGAUUUCUUCGUGAAUCAGAUGAACAUGUCUUAUAUGAUGAACCAGCCUCUCAUGGCGUCUUCUGAUGCUCUACUCUAUUAAAUGUGGACCUAAACACAAAACAAAACAAAAACAAAACCUCGAAGUUACAAACAUGGGGGCCGUUUUGUUUUGUCCGAUUUAAAGACAUGUCCAAAGGGAGAGAGAGAUCUUAUUAUAUAAAAAUGGGUCUGUUGUUCGAUUAUUUCCAUUACAAAUUUUGUGUUUGGUUGGGUCCGUUUUAGGCGUUAGGUAAUCUCAGCAUGAUCAUCGUUAUGAGUGUGUUUGUAAUAAAGGCUCUGUUGCCGCAUGAGUACAAAGUGUCUUCUUAAUAUUGUAAUCUGCGUAUUAGAAUAUUAUAUUACUUUAUUUUUAGUUUUA